GGUUUGGACCGCUCAGUCAGGCUGGGCAUACAACUACAAGACUAAUGACUGAAGAGAGCUGGCUGGGGAGAAAGACAGAUAGAGGCAGGGAGAGAGAAACAUAAAGAGAAAGACUGCCUUCCAUUGGCCUACAAGACCACAGAGCUGGACGAGGGAAAAUAAAGGUAGAACGAGAGAGUGACAGGAGAAAGACAGAUAGAGGGAGCGAGAGAGAAAAAUAAUUGAGAAAAAGAGAGAAGACUGCCUUCAAUUUCCAUUGUCCUCUUCUGGACUUGGGAAGAGAAGAGUGAGCGAAAGAGAAGAAAAGGAGAAAGGGAUUUUCCUGUGAGUUGGACACGUUCUGAGACCUAUUGUGGGCUGGUACCUGGUUGUGGGGUGGACAUGGGCCAGUUUCUGACGGGUCUAGGACUACUGCUCUGCUGUUCCCUCUCCUCCCCUCAGAGACUGGCUCCCUCAGGGAGAAACGUCUGCCAGGACCCCAGGGAUACUUCCACUCUUGUCUGUUGCACUGGAUGGAGACAACAGAGAGAGGAGUGUAUUUUACCUGUGUGUGAUGGCGAGCAGGCCUGCCAGCAGGAUGAGGUGUGUGUAUACCCGGGCGUCUGUCGCUGUCGACCUGGCUACUAUGGAGCCCACUGCAAGACACGCUGCCCUCCAGAGUUCUGGGCACCGGACUGCCGUGAGCUGUGCAAGUGCCACCCUCAUGGGCGCUGUGACCCGAUCACGGGCGAGUGUGCAUGCCUCUCCAACCGCUGGGGGCCACUCUGCCAGAACGCCUGCAAAUGUGGCCGUCAUGGACACUGCCACCCCGUACACGGCAACUGCACCUGCGACGAGGGCUGGUGGACACCCACCUGUGCCAAACAGUGCCAGUGCUACCCAGGCACCUCCACCUGUAACCCACUGACCGGCAGGUGUCAGUGUGCCCCGGGUUACUGGGGUCAGAAGUGCAGCCUUCGCUGUAGCUGCUACAUAUCAUCCUGCCAACAGAAGACGGGGGCGUGUGAAUGCCAGAACGGGUGGUGGGGUCCGACGUGUGACCGCCGCUGUAACUGUGACCUGGAGCACAGCGAGUGUAAUGCGGUCAGCGGGGAGUGUGUAUGUCAGCCUGGGUACAAGGGAGCCUUCUGUAACGAACCGUGUGGACCUGGGGAGUAUGGCAGUGGCUGUAAACUGAGCUGUGGCCACUGUGAAGGAGGCCAGUCGUGCUCUGUGGUUGAUGGUGUCUGUACGGCCUGUGAGCCUGGGUGGAACGGCACACACUGUGACCGGCUGUGCCCGCACGGUUACCAUGGAAACCACUGCCAGGAGGCAUGCCCACGCUGCAGGAACGGUGAACCUUGUGACCCCAGGACGGGGGCGUGUUCACGAUGUGACCCAGGAUGGACCGAACCCAGGUGUGACGAGCCGUGCUCUAACAGGACAUUCGGGGACGCCUGCCGCUCCCUGUGCAGCUCCUGUUUCCAUGGCCACUGUGAUCGCGUGACAGGAAGUUGUGUCUGUGGUCCUGGGUUCCAGGGACGGAGUUGUAACAUCACCUGUCCAGACCAGCUGUAUGGCUUUAACUGUUCCUCUGUCUGUGACUGUGGAGAGGGCACCGCCUGUCACCCAGCAACGGGGGCGUGUCCAUACAGUGGUCACAGGGCUCUGAUCACUGGUCUCCUGGUUCCUCUGCUCUUGGUGCUGCUGGGGCUGGUCUGCUGCUGCUGCUGCUGUGGAGGACCUACUGACGGCAAAGACAGGUGUGUUUGUGUGUAUAUAAUUCGGAUGACAAAGACAGGUGUGUGUGUUCCUCUGACUCUGCUCUGGUCCUACAGGGUAGCAGUGGGUGAAGGUGGUACCUCUGUCCGUAUGAAGCAUCAUGUGUAUAACGUCCUGGCCAACGUGAGCUCUGCUGUACCCUGUAUCUCUGUCUGGUCCUCUGGGCUACCCAGAGUCACAGUGUCCCACCACGACCCUGAGCUGACGUUCAACCACAGCUUCAUAGAGCCUCCCUCCUCAGGCUGGGUGACGGAGGGAUCCUUCUUCGACAGUGAUGAGGAGACCAGAGAGGUGCUCUACUGUGUCCCCCCCAGAGAAGACAUCCCAGCAGUAGCGGGCGGUGAGUUCCAGGAGUUCCAGCAUGAGAUGAGUUCUAAGUGUAACAUCUUCCCUGACCCCUCUGCCUUCAGUAUUAGUGCAGAAGACAUGUCCCUCCCCUUUGGCAUCCCCCGCACCUCCAGCAACGCCAAGUCCAAAUGCCCCUCCGUCUCCUUCGCCGAAGGCACCAGGUUCAGCCCCAAGGAGCGCCGAGGCUCUGCCCAGGACCUGACUCCCGGGGCCCCCCGCACCAAACCCAAGUCCCCCUGGGGGGUCCUGAUGCUGUCAGCCCUCCAGGCCCAGGGAGGGAAGGCCUCAGAGGGGGAAGAGACGGAGACAGGUGAGGGGGGGGUGGAUGGAUGUGGAGGUGGAGGUGGGACGGGACCAUUGGAAGACCCAGAAUCCAGUGGUGAAGCAGGGGACCCCGAUGUGGACAGGUACACAGCUACCCCAUCCCGAGCCAUGUCUACCCUGCAGGUGCCUGGAACAGUGGUAGGGCAAAGACGCACCAUAUCCAACGCUGCUGUUCCCAGAAAGGGUGGGCAAACACCAGGGUCCACAUCCGAUGGCCAGCAGGCAGAGAUGGAUAAAGGGAUGGACAAAGUGACCACAGUGUAUGUGACAGUGGGGAAGGCGGGGGUGGGGAGGCCCCUGUCUAAACUAGAGCUCCCCAGCUCGGAGGGCCCGGUACAGGCCAUGCUACGCAGGCUAGGCAGCCUCCAGAGACACAAAGAUCAGGAGGUGGGAACUAAGCCCAAGGGGAAGAGCCCGGGGGCGGAGGAGAUCACCAAGCCCCCCAGGAGGAAGCUGGGGACUAGGGCCAGUGUGUGGGAGCAGGGGGGUCCCCCACCCUCGGGGGUGGAGGGUGCUGUAGGGGAAGGCGUAUCUAUGAGGAAACCUAGUAGGAGGAAACAGCACGCCCACCACAGCUCCCCUGCUGUCAUGGGAAACACUGACGCUGGCACUAACACUCAACCCCCACCAGAGGACGCCCCUGCCACUGUUACGCCCACGAGGCCCCUGUCCUCCAUUUUGAAAAGCGUGCCAGAGGUCGCUGGGUCAGAGGUCAGGGGUGAAAGGUCCGGGGUGAGGGAAGAGAACGGCGACCCUGGGAUGCAGACUGAGAGUGGAUAUCGAACAAUCGGGCCUGCUGGAUUUGUAACGGACGCUGUUAGUCUGAGUGAAGUCAUCGCCAAUGAAGGAGUGGUGGCCGGUGUGGACGAUGGACCUAACCUUUAUGAGAAUGUGAUGAUUAAGCAUUCCUAAUUUCAGAUGCAAUGACUGUGGUGCUCUGUCUCUUCUCACAAUUGAGUAUGUAGUUCAACUACUAAUGAAUGAGGCAUUUGGAAACUAGCCUACUGUACUGAGUUAACAGUCGAGUCUGACAUAAACUAGCAAUCUUUACAAUAUUGAGUAUAGAAUUUUAUGAAUUACACUAUGUAUAUGAUGGUUCUGUACAAUAUGUACUGUAUGUAUGUAUAUUAUACAACAAUAGGAUAAUGUUGAAAUCACCUUACCAAAUAGUUAUUGACACUGUAACUGCCAUGUGUGAAACAACUAUGCAAAUGAAAACUAAAAAAUGCUCCUGUGCA